AACCACCAUGUAUUUAUCCAGACUUAUUCCCUCCCGGAUGGGAAGCAGGGUGCUCUCGGCCCGAAUCGUUACUCCGGCUUUUCCGCGACUUUUUAGCUCCACCUCAAACACCGCCACCAAGCACUUCACAAACAGACAGCCGCUCACGAACCUCUUCCAAAGUUCAAAGCGCUGGUAUGCUACCUUCAGGGAUAAUAGCUCGCAUGGGAUCCGAAGAGCACGCCGUGUAAAGGAACAGAGCGAAGGCCUGCGCUCCAACUUUAGUGGCGGCGCCGGAAUUCCACCGUUCUGGCGCAAUCCGCAGAACAUGAAGACACUCAAACGGUGCGGAAUCUUCACCGUCGGGUUCUGCUGUAUCACCCACUUUGCCACUCCCUACGUGUAUACCUAUGUCCCUGGCUUUCUGUACUUCAAGUCACACCCGCAGUACGUUAUUUACGCAAUAAUCGGGGCUAAUCUUGCGGUGUUUGGAAUGUGGCGCCUUCCGCUGUGCUACAGGAUCUUGCAGCGAUACUUUAUCUUGGAGAAGGACCAUAUCGUGGCGCGUUCAGCCUUGUUAGGGAGCGCCUUUUCCCACCAGGACUUUUGGCACUUGGCAAUGAACAUGAUGGCGUUGUAUUCCUUUGGGCCCUCUUUGAUCUCUUGGAUCGGGGUGUCCCAGUUCACUGUCAUGUAUCUUAAUAGCUGUGUGAUAUCCUCAUUUGUGGCCGUGCUUUUGCCAAUGAUGGCCCGCAGCUCGUUACGCGUGGCGUCUUUAGGAGCUUCUGGUGCGAUCUUCUCCGUGUUCGGCACCUUUGCUUACUUGUUCCCUACCGCUGGGAUCAGUCUUCUCUUCUUCCCUAUCCCUGGCGGUGCCUGGGUCGCCUUCAUGGGUUCUAUUGCUGUUAACGCUGCGGGCUUUUUCAUGAGAUGGGGCGCCAUCGACUAUGCCGCUCAUCUCGGUGGUUCCUUGGCCGGGAUCUACUAUGGCUAUGUCUGUCGUGAGCAGAUCAAGGAGAAGUUGGAGAGAAGAAACAGACGCAUGGGGCUCUUCUAAAGUACAUAGAGUAGACAAGCACAAGAUAAAUCUUCCUGAUACACCGAGUAGCUUUUAAUGGAGUUGCAAUUACCUG